GGCACAUGGCCGUCGCAGUCGUCGUCGUCCCCGCGAGUGGCACGCACAUGGUGGUGCGCCAAAGUGGAGCGAAGAUAAGCCGAGGAAGUCGAGGAAGGAUGCAGUGAAGGAAGAUAAAAGCGGACAUAGUGAGAGAGCAAUCACAAAGGGAUCUCGCUGAAUUCACGUUCCACUUCGCACCUUCGAUUUGAAAGUCCCGCGCAAAAAAAAAAGGUACGCACAUUGGGGAAGGUCGGAGGACGGACCGGGGGUGCUACGUGGAGGAAACUGUGUGGCUGAAAUAGCGGCGAGGGUCAUCGCGACAGGCAGGUACGCAGGUACUUUCGUGAAGUGAUUCGGCGCGUGUCCGGCGGCGUGAUGUGAAAAGUUCCGUGCCAAUUAUGAUAGAGUGCGAUGCCGUGAACGUUCUUGUCGAUAAAGUUUCCGCGCCCAAGUUCCGUGCCGAACAGAGAGGGGUGUGCGAGGUCGAUUCGCGCUCUCCUCCCUGAGCCAUCGGCAGAAUUCUCUCGAAUGAGUGCCACCACAUCGAACGCAGGUAUCUGACGUAGAAGACGAGAGGCAUAGAAUAGACGCUGAAUGUGGUGGAGCAACCCGAGCAAGGCUGGGCUGAAAAAUCGCUGACUUACGACCUCAGGAUUCCGCGCCGCCGAAACGGCGCAACUCGACUGUCACGAAGGUGGACGACGAUUAUGAUACACCUCGGUUGACCUGCUCCAUUUCGUCGACGCGAGCAGCCAACCGAGAAGCGAAAGAUGGUGUACCGGGGCAGUUUGCAGACGGACGACCCCCGAGACGCGCCGAAGCUGGUCCGGAUGUCUCCUCUCCGCAGCAGCAGACCCGUCAAUCCCGGGGCGAAUUCGCGUGCCGCCUGUUCCGUGAAAGGCCCGAUCGGUCACAGCUCGUUCGCGACGCCGAUCGACGCGAACCGGGCGCGGCUGAUCGAGGAGAGGCGUUUGGGCCGCGAGAGGGACAUCGAGUCGGUCGAGAGGGUGAUCGUGAGGACCACCGGCUUGAAGAUAGGCGCGCCCAAGCUGCGCAAUAUCAACGAGAUUCGCGAGACCGUCUUCAUGGAUCAAUCCUUGACGCCGCUCGAGAAAAUCGGCAGGACGGACUCGAGGAACCGGCCGCGCAGCGUCGCCGUUGGCCUCGACGACGGUAACGCCAGGCUACCGAGGACUCACAGUUCCCUCUUAGCGGACCUGAAGGAUCUGGAGAGGCUGAGGAACACGCCGACGCAGAGGAAUUACAGGGGUCCUUCGAGGACUGACAAGACGGAAUCGAAGCCAUCGAUGAUCCUGAGCAAGAAGAGCGACGUGCCGGCUUCCGCCAAAAUCCGCUCGGACAUCUUCAGGAUCCAGCAGAUGUUCCAGACGGCGGAUCCCGCGGCCAGGACAGCGGCCAGGAGUGGCAACGACAGGAAAAUCAAGAGCGACUCGGAGAAAGAGGAGAAGAAGCCCGGCACGGAGAUCACCAGGACCCGGCUGUUGGCGCAGAAAUUGCUGGAGGCGUCCCGCGGCAAUCGCGAGUCCCUGAAGGAACGUUGCAACAAUCCGAAGAACGCGAGCAACAGGACGCACAAGGACGCGGGCGGAAAGCUCUUGAGCAACAAGGCGCUGCAGGAGAGGAUCCCGGAGAGGGAGAAGCACAGGGAGAAGGUGGAAACGAGUUCGGAGGAGCAGCCGCGUCCUCCCGCUCGCAGGCGGAGGAACAGUCGGGGGUGGAAGGACGCGAAUUACUCGGAGGACGAGUGCUCGUGGGAGGAUCGAGGUUUCCGCGAUCAUCUCGAGGAGGACUCGCCGAACGGCGCGAGUACGGAAGAGAAUUCCAAGGCCAGUUCUAAUCUGGAAAGACCGGAUAUUCUGGACGGGCUCGUGAAAGAGUCCGACCGGCAGCUGGCGGAUCUGAGGAGCGACCUCGGGGCCGAGAGGGGCCGCUCGCGGAGUCACUGGCGAGGUUUCGUCCAAUCCAUGAGGUUGCACGACGUCGAGCUCCACUCGGACAACGAGGACCAGCGGAAGGACUUGAACCUGUGGAACAAGAGUAUCAGCCAGCGUUGGCGGAAGCUGCGAAGACGAUGCUCCGUCCAGGAGUCGUCGGAGCCACAGGAGGCGCUGAUACAGGGUGGAACGAAUCACGGUGUUAUACAAGCGGUGAGAUCGACACCGGCCAGUAGGGAAGCCUCGCCGGCGGCGAAGAGUCUCCAGGACGGCAGCUCGCCGAAGAAACUGCUGCAGACUAGUUCCCUGAGGCUGCCGGGCACGACUAAGGGCAUCGCCGACAUCCAGCAUGUGCUCCGUAGCAAAUUCAGUAAGAUAAACGCAGGCAUCAGGAAGCGGAAGGCCCUGAGCGUGACGGAGGUGUUUCCGCAGCAGAAGGACAACGCGUCCAGCUUCUACGUGCCAAGUCCGCUCACUUCGUCGUCCAGUCAGAACUUCGACGAGAACUGCUACGACUCGAGCGAGCCCACGUCUCUGCCGCCCUAUCCCUUCCACGACAACCUCGAGACCCUGGCAGAAGGCAGCGUACCGAAUUCCCCGCAUUGCACCAGUCCGCUGAACGGCACCGGCGACACCUUCAAUUAUUCCCAAGAGGCCUACGAGCAGGAGGAUUUCUACGAGAAGGUGGCGUUCUCCAGGUCCACGCCAUCCUGUCCCAGGACUCGUCCCAUGCUCCAGCGCAGCAAUUCGGAGAACCGCGCCGACACCGGUGCGCACGAUCACUCUUACGAGAACGUACGCUUCCAGCGGGGCGGCCAGCGCGACGACCCGGCGACCUCCGGCAGUCCUUACGUGGGCAGACACCUCGGCAGGAGUAAUUCCGAGACGAGGGAUCACUCGUACGAGAACGUGCACUUCCAGAAGAACGCGAAGGGCAGGAACCAGUCGGCGCCGUCGUUCGAGGAGAUACAUAUUCCCAGGGUGACGCCUAGGAGGCGGUCCACCGACUUCAAGGUCGGCGGACAAGUGAGCAAUUACUCGGCCGAGGCCACGUUGGUCGCCGGUGGUAACAAGGAGGAUGGGCCCUCCAGUCUCGGUAUCGACCGAAAUGCCGGCAAGAGGAACACGAAGAGGCUCAACAGCAGGAGCGUCGCGAAUAUCCCCAGCUCUUCGGGAGCGAACUUGAAGACUUGGCAAGGUACCCAAGACGCGGAUGAAGGUCUGAACACGGACUCGGAGCUCGAGGACAUCGACGAGGCCGCCGAAGGCGAGGAAUCACGCUUUUGUACCUUGCCAAGACCCGGUAAGGGCGGCGCAUCCUUUACGAUACUGACCGCCAGAUUUCUCAAGGGUCCUGGGCACAAGGGACUCGGCUUCAGUAUCGUCGGCGGUACCGACAGUCCCCGAGGGAACAUGGGGAUUUACGUGAAAACCGUCUUCCCUAAUGGUCAAGCCGCUGACUUGGGCACUGUUAAAGAAGGGGACGAGAUUUUGUCGAUAAAUUCGAAACCUCUUCACGGUAUGACUCACGCCGAGGCGAUCGCCGAAUUCAAGUCUGUGAAGGCUGGAGACGUUGUACUGCACGUGGGACGUCGUGUGAACAGAAAGAAAAGGGAAUCCUUGACUCUGGCGCCCGUUAAUCCCGUUUCGAGGCAAUCCAUCAAGUAAUUUCGCCGCUCCCUUCGUUUAACUUCGUCGAACCUCAGUCUUCUUCUUCUUCUUCUAACACUCGAUCUUCCAUAUUAUGCGAAUAUUCGCCAUUUAGAAGCAAUAUUGCUUAUUAUUGCUGGUAAUAGUAUGCGCGAGAUCGCAGAAGACUGUUCAGAGGCCGGUAUGAGCGUCUCUGAUUGUCUUAACCCUCGAUUCGUGAGACGAAAUUAUGUAAAAUUUUUAUCUCAGAUUUUAACUUUCUCUAUCUAUAUUUUGUUGAUUAGUCUUCUUUUUUCAUUAUUUUUUAACUUUUCUUCUCUUAAUUCUCUUUUAAUUAAAGGAGCUGAGGUUGCACGCGUAAAAAUGGAUGCAUUUAAAACGAUACUUUAAACAAAAUGAUUAUCGAUAAGUUCUAGUAUGUAUGAUCAGAAUUUUUUUUAUCAAUUAUUGUACUUUAAUACGAUACGAGAGAGAGGGAAUCUGUUCCUUUUUAUUCUUGUAUACUUUACGCAUUUUUUUCUCUUUCUCUGUCUGUCACUUGUUUUGUUUAUCGCAUGUUGAACGGAGAAAGUGUAACACGUUGUAUCUGGAGAAAACGGAUCUACAUUCGUGUCACGGCUUCAGGGUUAAGUUUAAAGGCGAGACGGGGCAGUUAAUUUGCGCGUAUUUGCGCGAUGACUUACGUUGAAUUACAUUCUCAUUGGAUAACGAGAAAUGCUUACUAUUAUUAAUCGGGAGUGAGCAUUAUCAGGAGCGAGCGAUUUCCAUCUUAUGUCAUUCGAGUUAAGAACAAUGCAAAAUUAACGGCGGCUCUUCUCACGAUACAUACUUGACAAGAAGAAGAGAGUGAGUCAGUGAUAAGCAAGCGUCUCAUGCAAAUCUGACAAAUAUAAUCAAACGGUGAGGCGGACACUGUCGAAUCAAAACGCGUUCUAAUCGUACAACGUGACCCGAUCUGCUCGGCAUCCCGCUACAUCGGACACUAAUAUUUAUCGAUAACUCGUAAUCAUCAUCUAAUAUUAUGUAAAAUUACUACACUGAGAAAAAAAUGUCUAAAAAAUAAAAAAAAUAUAUUUAUUCGGUGGUGCAUUGAUAAUCACAUAUUUACUUAUGUACAUAUUUUUACAUACUGAGACAUUUCUUUUAAUGAGAUAAUUACAUUCUCCUAAAAACGUAGCUUUUCCCGAAGAAGAAAUUGUUUGCUCCGUUUAAAUAGAAGAUUUCGAGAUUUAAGUGAAUAUGUUAUUAGCACCCCAUAUAUAUUAAUUUAGAAUAAAUAUUCCUUUUAUUUUUUAGAUAUUUUUUCCUUCAAUAUGUAGGAGUGUCGAUGCAACGGAGGAUCAUUCAAGCUUUCGGCCCGACUGCAUUUUUUCACUUUGCUCACGCGAAUAUAUAAAUUCCGAAGGAAAUUAAUAAGCGAAACUAUUCGAGAGAAAUUCGGCUAAAAUCGAAGACGUAAUUUUUCGAAUUAGAAAUUAAUUUCAUCGGUCUAUCUCUUAUUAUAGACGAUGUAAGAAAGUGACGAAUAAAUUUUUCUUAAUUUUCACUUCAUCUCUUUCUGAGAGAAUAUUAUUUUCGUGAAUUUAUACAUCCGUAACGUGGAUUUGUACAAUCGCAAUCGCGAUUACCUCCGUGACGGACAGUAGUUCAGACGACACUACGCAUCUAAUACUACGCAACGAAGUCCUCCAAUUAGUGAUUAACAGACGACUUAUUUUUAUAAAGCGAACAAAAAUCUUCUCUUCCGCGGUGUUUUUGUACAAUUAACGGCGAGCGAAGCGACGUUUGUUCACGUGUAUGCCAAAUCAACGAAAUGAACGAAUCGAACGAGGUAAUUGUCUCUGAUGACCUGACCGAUACAAUACGUGUACCUGCAUCACAAAAGUCUAACUUUGUCCGACGAGACGACGAACUUUCUGACAACAUAGAAAUUCGCUAUACGCAAUGCGUAUACAUUAGAAAUGCAUUAAAAAUAAAAUCUGACGAUCUCUUGUUGAUUACAAUAAUGUCAGCGCGCAUUUUCACUUUGCUCAGACUUUUGCGAUUAGGUGCGCGUUACAGGAUGUCCAAAGUCCAAGUAAUCGCAGCAUUAAGGGAGGAAUUAUUUUUUAAUCGUAGACUAACGAAGAUCGCCCAAAGAUGAAGCCCAAAAAAUAUUUUUACUACGAAGACGAAAGACACGUGUAGGCAGAAAGCGCAUAUCUAUAUAUAUAUAUACACUAUAUAUAUAUACAUAUAUAUAUAUAUAUAUAUUUUGACAAAGCGAACGAGACGCGCGUUUACUUUAAGAGGAAGUAACAUUCUUAGUAUCUAGUCCAUCUCUGUAAUAUUUCCUUUUGAAGGCUUUUCUUAAAAUCGCUAGGCGACGAAAGGAAAACAAGACAAAAAUAUAUACACACGCGCAUAUAUAGAUAUAUAUAUAUAUAUAUACAGUGAUACAUACACACAUAAUGGUUAUAUACAUAUAUAUAUUUCUUAUAUACAUUUUUCAAGGUGUAACGAAUCUUAAUAUUCGAGUAAUAAUAAUAACUGAAGUUUAUAGGAUUGUCGCUAAUCUGACGAUGUUACGUCGCGAAAGUAACGUGUGCUCUGCGAGAGGAUAUUUAAACGAGAAUACGACAACUUCGAAAGCGUCCCUUUCGUUCAUUAACACGCGUAGAUGUUGACGGGUGAACAAGAGAAGCGAAAGAAUGAAGGCUUGAAAUCGUAAUCGGCGACUUGUCACACAAGUCCGACAUUCCGCUUGUAGUAGUUUUUAUAUUCGCUUCGCUGCUUCUAGGGACGACAAUAUACAUAGUGUUGUACGAGAGAAAAUUGUGCACUAUCUAUAUUGCGCUCUCGUUCGUGAUCCAGGAUCAUGGGAGCAGAUGAUCCUGACACAUAUCUAGCUGUAAGGGGUUUAUCAAUCGAUAACACGCACAAUUCCGGUCGAGGCGGCUGAUGCGCAGCUCUUUUUCGUCUUCCAGACCUCAUGUCAUUAAUCAUUUCGUAUAAUCGACUUUUCCGAUCAUGCAAUCACGCUAUUUUAGGCGAGGUGUAUAUACUUCCGAGUUUUAAUCUGAAUAUUAUUUCCGAACUCUUACAAAUAUUAUACAGAUAAACGGAAAUAAUUUCUACACUGAGAGAAGAAAUAUCCAAAAAAUAGAAACUUCUUUAUUUGAUGGGUGCUAAUAAUAUAUUUACUUGUACUGAUAUACAUAUUUUUACGUUAGAAAAAUUUUCUCUCAUAAGGAAAUAUAAGUUUUCUUAAACGCGCAGCUCCUCGUGAAAAAGCACCUGUUCAUCUCAUUUAAAGAAAAACAUUUCGGUUAAAUACGUUAUUAGCAUCCACACGUCGAACAAAAUUUCCCCGAUAUUUCUUCCCUCAGUACAGUGUCUCGAAAUCUUUCUCUAAGUACGUAGAAUUUUACUUAAGACGUAGGAUUUUUCCAAAGUACGCGUAACGUGCUUUAAAGAGGAUAGAAUUUCUGAUGUAAGAAUCAAAUCAGUAGCUAAGAAUGUAUCAACGUCGCUAUUAAUAUUAAUAAUCGCCCUUAGGGAGUGAAUUUCAGUGUAAUUCAUGAGUCACUCGCGAUUUUGCGUAGAAUUUUUCUAUUAAAAAGACGCUCUCUCAGAUGAAUAAAGCUUUCGGGCGUACAUCGAAGCGCGUGAUAACGUGAAACGGACGUUCCUUUGUUGAACACAUGACACUUAAAGCUACGAUCGCAAUGAAAAAGGAAUACGAAUAAAGAAACCACGA